UCUUUUUUCUCCCAGGGUCAAAUAUUAAAAGUGGCCAAGGAUAAGUCUAUCGAAAACUCGAACUUCAAUCCUAAACGAAAAACCAAAUUCAUUAUUCAUGGCUUUAUAGACACUCCACUCAGCAACUGGGUCAAGGAGAUGAGGAGCGAGUUGUUGGUGCACGGUGAUUACAACGUUAUCGUGGUCGACUGGGCAGGCGGGAGUCUACCUCUGUAUACCCAAGCGACGGCGAACACGAGGCUGGUUGGACUCGAAUUGGCUCAUCUCAUCAAGCACUUGCAAACAAAUUACGGCCUGGACCCGAACGACGUGCACUUGAUCGGGCACAGCCUCGGUGCCCACACGGCCGGCUACGCGGGCGAGAAAUUGGGCGGCAAUAUCGGACGCAUCACCGGUCUGGACCCCGCGGAGCCGUACUUCCAAGGAAUGCCGAGCCAUCUUCGCCUGGAUUACACGGACGCCCGGUUGGUGGACGUAAUUCACACCGACGGGAAGAGCAUAUUUUUCUUAGGGUACGGAAUGAGCCAGCCUUGCGGGCACCUGGACUUCUACCCGAACAACGGCAAGGAACAGCCCGGCUGCACGGAUCUGAGCGACACCACGCCGUCGUUGCCGCUCACCCUGAUACGGGAGGGCCUCGAGGAGGCCUCGCGCGUCCUGGUCGCCUGCAACCACGUGCGCGCGCUCAAGCUCUUCAUCGAGAGCAUCAACUCCAAGUGCCAGUACGUGGCGCACGAGUGCUCGAGCUACGCGAGUUUUCUACGGGGCGAGUGCUUCUCCUGCAAGAGCAACAACAGCCUGAGCUGCGGCGUGAUGGGCUAUCACGCGGACACCAGUCCGGCGCUGGUGAAGCGACAGGCCAUGGGCCAGGACGUCUCGUCCUUGCUGGGCUCGAAGUUCUUCUUCAUGACCGGCAAGGAGGAUCCGUAUUGCAGAAGACAUUAUAGAAUCACCAUCAACCUCGCCCGACCGCCGACCGCGGAAAGCUGGGUGCAGGGCUUCAUGAAAGUCACUCUCCACGCCGACAAAGGCGUGAUACGCAACAUGGACCUCACGCCCAGCGGUUACAUGAAACUGGAGCACGGGUCGACAGCGCGAAUGGUCGUGGCCCACCCUACCGGAUCCAUCGGCAACAUCGGCAAGAUCAGGCGGGUCGAGCUGUCCUGGGUCUACGACAUGGACGUGCUGCAACCUAGGUCCCUGUGCUUCUUCUGGUGCAACGAUCGCCUGUACGUUAACAGCGUCAGAGUGGACGCCAUGGACCUUCCGGGCAGAGGAAAACGGGAGGUGGAUUUCUCCAGCAAGCUCUGCUCGACCGGCAGGCAGGAGUACGCGGAGAUCGCCAGCGGAUCCACCGCCACGUUCGUCGACAAUUGCUGACAAUCCGUUCCGCGGCGGGAAAUCGCAUUUCGGGCGCGUCGUAUAAUAAUAAAACAUCGUUCUUCCAUCCGGAGGCGGAGACUUCUCGAAAGUCGGACGACGACGACGACGAUGAUGAUAAUGAUGAUGAAACGAGAGAAUCGCGGUCCCUCGUAAUCCUCAUAAUUUCUUUCGCCGACGACAUACGACGAUGGCAGAGACGUUUUAUGUGUUUGGCUUUCUUUCUCUACUUAUCGCGACCAAUCUACCGCUUUCUUCAAACGCGGCCCGAGCGGCACGAGCUACCAAUUAACGCUUCUACGAGGCGGCGGACUCGCGAACAAAACCAUCUGACGCAAUUCGCCGUUUUCAACGACACGCCUAUAAUCGAGUUCCUAGAGAUCUGUCCCGUCAGCAAAGAUUAGAUCCUAAUAAUCGUGCCUAAUGACGCGAUUCAGACGCGACGAUUGCGAAAGCACUCGUACGGGAAGUGAAAUUCUUAGCGAACGGAUGUCUAGAUGCGAAAUCAGACGAGCCAUGAGCGUGCUUCUGACAGAAAAGUCUAACUUCUCGCUAUGCUUUUUUUUUCCAUUUUUGGUAACGAUUUCUUCAGUAUUAGUAUUGAUCAAUUAUUAUGUACAUGUUGUAUAUAACAGUAGACGGUUAACACGUUAAAAUUAAUUCCUUAUGGAUGUGAUUAUCGCUAGAGUCUUCAGUGAUCGCUAAUAUAAGGCUACAUUGAUACACUUGUUCAUUUCUUUUGUACGACGGUAUGAUUAUCGUAUUGUUUUUUCGCAAUGCGAGUAUGACGAUAGGUUGUGAUAUUCUCUUAUAGCUUAAGGAUAAAAAAAAAUGCGCAAAAUGCGGUGACUCAAAGAUGACAAACUAUACUGCUACUUGCUCAUAGUCUUUAUAACUAAAGUGUACAAAACAUGUAAUGAAAGGCAAUUCUUGUUAGUGAUAGGAAUAUUCCGAGCUAUUUUUAUAUCUGUAUAAAUUGUUGCAUUGUAAAAUAAAGUUUAUUAGUUAUAA